AUGGGUAGUUAUGGUUUGCUGUUAAAAAACUUAUGUCAAGCACGUUGGUAUGCACGUUAUGAGGCCCUUAAUGCUGUCUAUUUAUCAUUUCACCAAAUAGUAAAAUCAUUAAUGGAAUUAGAACAUGAUGGGGAUACAAAAUCCCAAUACGAGACCAAAACACUGUUGAAUAAAAUGCUUUCUUUUAAAUUCGUUGUACUUUUAAUAUUUAUUCGUCAAGUUAUGGCAUCGACAAAUGCAACUACAACUCAGUUACAGCAAGAAGAUUUAGAUAUUUUAUCUGCUAUUGAUAUAUUAUCGUCAUUAUUGGUAUUAUUAAAAAAUAUGAGAAAUGAUGAUUGUAGAUUUAUAAAAAUAACUGAAGUACAUGUUACUUGCUUAAUAUUAACUUAG